CACCUGCCUACUACCGUACGGCAGAGGGGAGUCCUCUGCCCGAGUCUGUGGAAACAGCGGGGCGGCUGCGGCAUUAGCGGUGGCGGCUGCUGGGUCGAACUCCUCUGCGUGGCAGGAGUCGGUGGGUUAGCCGCCAUGGCGACUGAUGGCUAUCGCUGUGGGCGUGGCAGAUGGCGAUGUGGUGUUGAGGUGUUGUGGUGAGGAAGAGGGGCUGCAACGAAUGGUGAGGUCGCUCCUACUCCCCCAGGUGCGGCAGGUGCGCCUCAAGAAUAGCGAAGGCAGCCACGGCCCACCGCUAUUCUCGCAGACGUCAUUACAGCGUCGAUGCUGUCUCGGCGAAGACCACGCCUCCUUUGAACAGCACCCCCGGAGCCAUGUCCACCCUCACCUGGCCGCCUUCCAAACCACACCCCUUAUCCCAACAACCUCCCCCGCAAACCCCCUAGUGGCUGAUUCGUCGCCAGCCUCCUCUCCCUAUAAUUCUCUCACUCAUCGUCUUACUCGCCAGCCUCAGGGACUCGCCCGCUGCAAACAGUUAGGCAAUACUAAAGUCGUACUACGAUGCUGCGAGCCAGCGGUUCGGCUGGCGCAGGAAGGGCGCUGGUUUAUACAAGCGAAAGAGAUGCUUUCCAUGGGCCGCGCUAACUGGGUAGACUCCUGCAGAGCAACUAUAUACUCUCUUUGUUCUUCAUCAGAGGCCGAUCACUAAGCACGAUUGAAUAGGUAAGGAACCCUCGCUCUGAAUGCCGAACUCCGGUCAGCGCGAGUACAAGCCC